GCUGUAACAGCAGAUAUGGGAUCAGGCAGGAGGACGAAUGGGACACAGCCGUGGCUGUUGACCUCACUGGCUUUAAUUUCCCUCAUUUCUCUUAUUGACGGAUCUCAAAUGAAGUUAAUGUCUGCCCCCAACUUGUUGCGGGUGGAAACAUCAGAAAAUAUCUUUGUAGAGUGUCAAGACUGUCCCAGUGAUAGUAACCUGACAGUAGAAAUUAAAGUAAUGAGCUACCCAACCAAAACAAAAAGGAUGGCUGCAACAUCUGUGAGACUAACCAGUGCAAACAAAUUUCAAGCAUUUGGGCAAAUUAAGAUUCCCGCUGGAGAUUUCAGACAAGAUCCCAACAUGAAGCAGUAUGUUUACCUUCAAGCUCACUUUCCAGAUGUGCAUUUAGAGAAAGUUGUUUUAGUGUCUUUCCACUCCGGUUUCAUCUUCAUCCAAACUGACAAGACCAUCUACACACCCAACAGCAAAGUCUAUUACAGAAUAUUUGCACUAACACCCAGCAUGGAGCCUGCAGAGAGGGAUGAUGAAACCCAAAUGGAUGCCUCUAUUGCCAUGGAGUUUGUGACCCCUGAAGGCACCAUUUUACCUCUUGAUCAAGUCUUACUGAGAUCAGGCAUCCACACAGGAGAUUUCCAACUUGCUGAGAUUACCAGUAUUGGACUUUGGAAAGUGGUAGUGAGGUUCUACAACAAACCACAGAUGACCUUCUCUGCAGAAUUUGAGGUCAAAGACUAUGUGCUGCCCAGUUUUGAGGUUAAACUGAUGCAUCGAGGCUCAUACUUCUAUGUGGACAGUGAAGAACUCAGCAUUGACAUCAAAGCCAAGUAUCUGUUUGGAGAGGUAGUGCAUGGAUCAGCAUAUGGGGUAUUUGGAGUGGUUUAUCAGGAUCAAAAGAAGAGUUUUCCCAGCUCAUUGCAGAGAAUAAAGAUACAGAAUGGAGAAGGAGUCUUGACACUGAAGAGACAGCACAUCAACCAGACCUUCCAAAAUAUCAGUGAUCUUGUGGGGAACUCCAUAUUUGUGACUGUCAGUGUGUUGACAGACAGGGGCAGUGAGAUGGUGGAGUCAGAGCUGAGGGGUAUUCAGAUUGUCACAUCACGUUACCUCAUGCACUUCACAAAAACACCCAAAUAUUUUAAACCAGGAAUGUCUUUUGAUGUCACGGUUGAAGUUUUGAAUCCUGAUGGGACACCAGCACCAGGUGUUUUAGUGAAGAUUGAUGCAGAUGGUACGGAGGGUGUCACUUCAGCCAAUGGCCUUUCUAAGCUUCCUAUCAAUACAGAGGAAGGUCAAAAAUCGCUGACAAUUACAGUAAAGACAAAUGAUCCUGCUAUUUCAUCUGAAAAGCAAGCAUCCGCCAGCAUGACAGCUCUCCCAUAUAGCUCUAAAAGCAACAGUUACAUCCACAUUUCUGUGGCCUCAGCUGAAGUAAAACUACAAGAAAACCUGAAAGUGAAUUUGUACUUCAACAAGCAGGAAAAUACAGAAAAGGACAUUUCACACCUGAUCCUGAGCAGAGGUCGGCUAGUGAAACAUGGCCGUGUCACUGUGAAAGGUCAACAAGUGAUAGCCAUAUCAAUCAGUGUUACGAAAGAGAUGCUGCCAUCGUUCCGCAUCGUAGUUUACUACCAUCCAGAUGAUAAUGAAGUGGUGUCAGACUCUGUUUGGGUGGAUGUGAAAGAUUCCUGCAUGGGCUCGCUGAAGCUGGAACAAUCUAUACCUUCGGCAUCCUAUGAGCCACGCAAGUUGUUCAGUCUGAAAGUCACAGGAGAUCCGGGGGCCACAGUGGGAUUAGUUGCAGUCGACAAAGGUGUUUUUUUCUUAAACAACAAGCACCGCCUCACACAGAAAAAGGUGUGGGACAUUGUAGAGAAGUAUGACACAGGCUGCAUGCCUGGUGGAGGGAAGGAUGGUGUGAGUGUGUUCUACGAUGCGGGGGUGUUGUUUGUAUCCAACUCAGCUUCUGGGACUCCUCCCAGACAUGAACCAAAUUGUUCGGUCUCCAGCAGGAGGAAACGAUCCAGUACAAUGAACAUCACAACCAGUUUAUUGGAUCUAUUUAAAGAUGAGCUGCAGCAUGACUGUUGUUUGGAUGGCAUGAAGGACACACUUGUUUCAUAUAGUUGUGAGCGUCGCAGUGAGUACAUUGUAGAUGGUCCAGCAUGUGUAGAGGCUUUCCUGCACUGCUGCAAGGAGAUGGAAAGACAGCAAGCUGAGAGGAAGGAGGAAAUGCUCCAACUGGCCCGCAGUGAGGAAGAUGACAACAGUUACAUGGACAGCAAUGAAAUCGUUUCUCGCACCAAGUUCCCUGAAAGUUGGCUGUGGACAGAUCUCAAUCUGCCUGUUUGCCCUCAAAGUACACCAAAGUGUGAAACCACAUCAGUUGUAAAAAAUAUUCCGCUGCAAGAUUCAAUUACAACCUGGCAACUCAUUGGCAUCAGUCUGUCAAGAACUCAAGGGAUCUGUGUAGCUGAUCCAUUAGAGGUAAUUGUCCGGAAAGACUUCUUUGUAGAGCUCAAACUGCCCUCCUCAACUGUCCGUGGAGAGCAAGUAGAAAUUAAAGCAGUUCUCCAUAACUACAGUCCUGAUCCUGCUACUGUGCGUGUAGAUCUCAUUGAGGAGGCAAAUGUGUGCAGUCUAGCUUCUAAGCGUGGGAAAUAUCGCCAGGAGGUCAAAGUGGGAUCCAGAACUACACGAUCUGUGCCGUUUGUCAUCAUUCCCUCAAAGGAAGGACAGUUCCACAUUGAGGUCAAAGCUGCUGUUUUAAACUCAGCCCUCAGUGAUGGAAUCAUGAAGAUACUGAAUGUGGUGUCUGAAGGUUUACUGAUAAAAUCUCCUCAGAUUAUAAGUUUGGACCCUGUAAAUAAAGGUACAGGUGGUAAACAAGUGGAACGGAUCAGUAGUAGAAUUCCUUUGUUUGACAUCCUUCCGAACACCCCCAAAAGGACACAGAUCUCAGUGACAGGACGAAAGCCUGGAGAUGUCCUGAAAAACACAAUCGGUGGGGAAUCGAUGGGAAGUCUGAUCUACCAGCCCUCUGGAUGUGGAGAGGAAAACAUGAUCCACAUGACCCUACCUGUCAUUGCAACCAGUUUUUUGGACGUGACCAACCAAUGGGAAACUGUGGGCAUUGAGAGACGUUAUGAAGCUCUGCGACACAUAACCACCGGAUACCAGAAUCAACUUGCAUACCGUAAAAAGGAUGGGUCUUUUGCUGGGUAUCUUGAUCACCAAAGCAGCACCUGGCUGACAGCAUAUGUUGUCAAGGUUUUUGCCGUGGCCUAUAAUCUGGUGGGAGUAAAAGACAAAGACAUCUGCGAGGCCGUGAAGUUUCUGAUUCUCAACACGCAGCAGCCUGAUGGCCUAUUUAGAGAAAUUGGAGUAGUAUCCCACCUGGAGAUGAUUGGUGAUGUUUAUGGCCCAGAUUCGGAUGUCUCCAUGACAGCCUUUUGUCUCAUUGCCGUGCAGGAGUCACGCAGAAUUUGUGCUGCUACUCUGAAUAGUCUCCCUGGGAGCAUAGACAAAGCAGUGGCCUACCUGGAGAAGCGUCUGCUAACCUUAGUCAACCCUUAUGCGGUUGCCAUUACAUCCUACGCCCUGGCUAACGAAAACAAAUUGAACAAGGAGAUCCUUCACAGUUUUUCUUCCCCAGAUUUAUCCCACUGGCCGGUGCCAAGGGGUCGUGUUUACACACUAGAGGCCACAGCAUAUGCUCUUCUGGCUUUGGUCAAGUUCAAGGCCUUUCAAGAAGCUGAACCUGUUGUCAGGUGGUUCAAUAGACAGCAGAGAGAGAGCGGCGGCUACGGAUCAACUCAGGCCACUAUGACAGUGUACCAGGCUGUGGCAGAAUACUGGGCCAGUGACAAAGAACCAGAUUAUAAUUUGAAUGUGGACAUCUUGUUGCCGGGCAGGUCAAAGCCCGAAAAGUACAACUUUAACAGGAAAAACCACUUUACUACAAGAACAUCCAAAAUCAAUGAUAUAAAUCAGGAUGUGAACGUGACUGCCACAGGUCUAGGAGAAGCAACAAUGACGAUGGUGUCCAUGUAUUACGUUUUACCUAAAGAAAACUACGGUGAUUGUCAGAAGUUUAACUUGUCUGUGCAGCUCCUUCCAGAGAAGAUAGGUGAAGAUGAGAAGAUAUACAAGCUACAAGUCAAGGUUUUAUAUAAAGACAGACAUCGGGAUGGAACCAUGACAGUCUUGGAAAUUGGCUUGCUAACUGGCUUCACCAUUAAUACAAAGGACCUUAAUUUAUUGUCUAAAGGACGUGCCCGCACCAUUUUGAAAUAUGAGGAGAACAGCAGUGAUUCAGAGAGAAGCUCGCUCAUCAUUUUCCUUGACAAGGUUUCACACACACAACCGGAGGAGAUCACUUUUAGAAUCACUCAGAAGCUGAACGUGGGUGUCUUACAACCGGCCGCUGUGUCUGUCUAUGAAUACAACAACCCUCCAUUUAGCAAUCGGACUCAGUGUGUGAAAUUCUACCAUCCAGAGAGGAGAGCUGGACAGCUGCUGCGCCUCUGCAGAAAUGAUGACUGCACAUGUGCUGAAGAGAAUUGUAGUAUGCAGAAAAAGGGCAAAAUAAAAAAUGAUGAUCGCACAGCAAAGAUCUGUGAGAGCCAUGAGAGCAGCAAAAUAGAUUUUGUGUAUAAAGUGAGACUGGAAGAGUUUACAGAUGGUUUGUCUACCGAUAUUUACACAAUGCAGGUUCUGGAAGCCAUCAAAGAAGGAAGUUCUGAUGUUGGUCCUCGGGGUAAACGUCGCGUUUUCCUCAGUUACCGACACUGCAGAGAAGCUUUAGAUUUUGUAGUAGGCAAAAUCUACCUCAUUAUGGGAACAUCCAAAGAUAUUUAUACUGAUGAGAGGAGACAGUCGUAUCAGUACGUGCUCGGUGAGAGGACCUGGAUCGAGUACUGGCCCACAGACACAGAUUGUACAACUAAAAAAUACAAUCUUACUUGUGCUGCCAUGGAGAAAAUGGUCCAGCAGUACUCACUCCAGGGAUGUCAACAAUAGUACAAGAGGAGUGAAAAAUUCAGUUUGAGCUCAGUGACAGUUAAGAAGACGUUCUUCAUAAUAAAACAAGAGACAUUCAAAGUUUUAGGAGGUCAUUUUAUGCUUUCAAACAAGUAACAAGUCGAAUAAACAGAUGACCCUGAAA